AUCUCCGAAAGCCUGAUUAACAAUGUGGUCCAGGACCCACAGACUGGUCGCAUCUACCUGGGAGCAGUCAACAAUAUCUUCCAGCUGAGCCCGUCCCUCCAGAAGGAGGCCCGCACUGAGACGGGCCCAAAAAAAGAUGGCAAAACAUGUACACCUCCUGCUUCAGGCUGUCAGGACACAGUGCUCAUGCCCAACAGCAACAAGCUUCUGCUGGUCCAUCCGUCCAAUGGUUCACUAAUAGUAUGUGGCAGUCGAUACAGAGGCAUAUGUUCCCUCCUCAACCUGUCUAAUGUAGAACAAGAGCUGUAUUACAAUGACAACAAAGGACAGAGGACUUACGUUGCUAGCAUAGAGGAUAAUGUGAACGUGGUGAGCGUCAUGUCCACCUACACAAAAAAUGGCCGGACCUUCAAAGUGUUCCUUGUUGGAAAGGGCUAUGGAAGCCUGGACAGUCCAAAACUAAUCAGCACACGAAUCCUUGAGGACUACCAGGACUGGGUUGUGUUUGAGAACAUCAUUGUGGCAUCAGCGGUACAGACGGCGCCAUUUGUCCUCAAGUACUUACACGACUUCCAACAUGCCUUCAAAGAGGAUGGUUUUGUGUAUUUCCUCUUUUCUCGGACUCUUGAUGGCACAGAUAACAAAAUCUUGACUUUUGUGUCUCGUCUUUGUGAAAAUGACCAACAUUACUAUUCGUACACAGAGCUCCAGUUAACCUGCGGUAUAAAGAACCAGUACAACAAAGUCCAAGCUGCAUAUGUGGCUUUUCCAGGAAAAGAGCUGGCACGGGUCAUGUCUCAAUCUGGUAAUUAUGGGACAGUCACCUCAUUCACAAAGGUCCUCUUCAUGGUGGCUCAUCCAGAUGACGACGAAAGCGACUCUGCUCUCUGCAUGUACCCGCUGAACUCCAUCAAUCAGCAGCUGAUGGAUAUAAUCAGUGCAUGCUACAGUGACUCUGGGGAGAUUUCUGGGGUUCCUGCUGUGGACGUACCCUACUCAUCUCAAACCUACACAGCAUGCGCUUCAAAGAUUUCUCAGUCACAGUAA